GCGGCGGAGGGAGGGGGCCGGGCGCUGGCGGCGGCAGCCGGAGGCGGAGCCGGGGUGUCCUGACCGCUGGCGCUGGCGCGGCCGCCGCCGGGCAGCGGGGAGCGCGGGGCGGAUCGCGGGCCCGCCGGCCUGGGCGCGGGCGGCAGGAUGUUGCUGUUCGUGGAGGUAACAUCGAAAGGUGCUGGCUUGAACCCUAAUGCAAAAGUGUGGCAAGAAGUACCCCAGGGGAGUGGUGAGGCUGUGCCACCAACAAAUGGCGCAGAGCACUCGUGGCAAGAAACGGCGGCUGCACAAGGGACUCACACGGAGGGUAACCUAGAGAUUUCAGAGGAGAGCUGCAAGCAGUAUGAAGUGAUGUAUUCCCCGUCCUGUGAAGCCACAAGCAAUGGCACAGGAGUUGAUGAAGCAUCUGCAAAUGGAAUUGUCCUCGCGACUGAAGAUCUUGGAUACCAAAUCUAUGAAGUGUCUGGUGAAGGCGGCUCCACUGUGUCCACAGAAGACAUCAGAGAAUGUUUGAAAAAACAACUUGAAUUCUGCUUCUCGCGUGAGAAUCUUUCGAAGGAUCUUUACUUGAUGUCUCAAAUGGAUAGUGAUCAAUUUGUUCCAAUAUGGACAAUUGCCAACAUGGAAGGUAUUAAGAAGCUGACGACUGAUAUGGACCUUAUCCUUGAAGUUUUGAGAUCUUCUCCUAUGGUACAAGUGGAUGAGAGAGGGGAGAAAGUAAGACCAAACCACAAGCGAUGUAUUAUCAUUCUCCGUGAGAUCCCUGAAACCACACCUAUAGAGGAGGUUAAGGCCCUCUUUAAAAAUGAAAACUGCCCCAAAGUGAUAAGCUGUGAGUUCGCUCACAACAACAACUGGUACGUUACAUUCCAGUCGGACACGGAUGCGCAGCAGGCAUUUAAAUACUUAAGGGAAGAAGUGAAAACCUUUCAGGGCAAGCCAGUAAUGGCAAGGAUAAAAGCCAUCAACACAUUUUUUGCUAAGAAUGGUUACCGGGUAGUGGAUUCCAGUGUCUAUACUCAGCCGGUUCAAACACAAGCACAGUUUGCCUCACCACUCUUUAUGCAGCCUGUAUAUAGUCCUCAGCAGUACUCUAUUUACAGCAUCGUGCCUCAGACGUGGUCUCCAAAUCCUGCACCUUACUUUGAAACACCGCUGGCCCCCUUUCCUAACGGUGGGUUUGUGAAUGGCUUUAAUACACCAGGAUCAUAUAAAACAAAUGCUGCUUCUUUGAGUAUAGGUCGCCCAUUCCAUAGAAACCGCGUGAAGCCACACUUCCGAUCGUCUGCCAGCGCGGAACACGCUGGGGAGGGUCCAGCUGCCGUCAGUCCCAUGCCGAUGGGGGACGCACCAGUGAACAGAACCAACUCAAGGAAUUUUGUUAUGGAGCGACAUAACAGUACGUUACCUGGGCACCAAGAGCAAGGUUACUCCCAGAAGGAUUCUCCCACCGCACAGAUGGAGCAGAAUGGCGAUUAUGGCAUUGGCAGGGGCAGGAGGAACGUUUUUAGAGGUCGGAGGAGACGAGAAGAUGACCGGGUUUCAAGACCUCAGCCUUCAGCAGAAACAAAGACUCAGACACCAAAGUUUGACUUGCUAGCAUCAAAUUUCCCACCUUUGCCUGGCAGCACAGCAAAAAUACCGGGAGAGCCUGUGCUGGAGAGCAGGAUGGCCGAUAUCGUUAAAGGAGUCUGCAAAGAAAAGGAGAGCAAAGAUUUGCUGCCCAGCUCUCCGGCUCCUGCUCAGGAAGAACAGACGCACAGCACUGUCCAACAGCCUGUGACGAGUGUGAGUUCACCAAGUCAGACUGAAGCUGUGGUGUUAAGCACAGUUCAGCCCGACAGCAAACCAGAAGAAGUGUCUGCUCAGAAAGAUGUUACAAGCCACGUUUCCCCACCGGUGUCCGUCUCUCCUGUCAGUGCUGCAAAGCCACCAAGGACAAAUACCACUUCCCCUUCCACUAGUGCGAGCGCGGCUCCUGCUUCGGCGCUGCAGGAGCCACGCAAGCUCAGUUACGCUGAAGUUUGCCAGAAGCCCCCAAAGGAGCCUCCUCCAGUUCCUGUUCAGCCUCUUAGGGAACAUCGCGCCAAUGUUCCCCCUGCCAAAAAUGAAGAAAACGGCACACCUGAGAAGGCUCCGGAGAAGGCUCAUGACAAGGUUGAAGGUCGAAUGAAGGAUUAUUCUGGGUUCCGAGGCAACGGGCCUCCCAGGGGAGCUGCUGAAAAUCAGGGAACAGAGGCGCCAGUUUGGACGCAGAUCAUCGCCUCAGGGAGCACCUCGACGUAUCGGCAAGGAGCAGUACGUGCCACCCCGGUCACCAAAGUAACGCUUGUCCAGCCAACUCUAUUUAAUUUGAGCUGUGGACUAAUAAGCAGCAAAGGAGACUGAGAAAGAAGUAUUCAUGAAGGGGAAUACUGAACUGGAGCGUGGCUUGUGUGGAGAAGUUGUGGAGGGUCCCAAAAUUCAUCUCUAAAAGUGAUUUCACAAAUGCUGGAGGAUUCCAAUCAAUAUAAAUAUAGAGAUUAUAAUUUUUGUAUUUUUGUUUUUAAUUUGCAGAGGGUUUCCUGCUUGAAAUCAGUUUUGGGGUUGUGAAACUAGCAUUUUGACAAAGUGAAAGAAUAUGAAUUGACAAAUUAACCUGUCCCUCAGCGUAGGAGGAAAAGGAUAAGAGAAUAUUAUUUUUGAAAAAUGAGCAUUUCUGUAAAAUUAGAACUUUUUUUAACCUAUUUAACAUUUGGCUUGUCGGAUGAUGUGUCUGCCGUUGAUGGCCUUGCAUUGCAGAGCACGUCUGCAGCUGAGGUGCUUGGUCGGCGCGUGAGUGGAGUGAGUGCAGCCAGAUACUGUUGUCAUGACUUAAGUCACUGAUGAGAAAAACUGAAUGUACUACUGUAGUAAACUUUGUGUUUCCAGCUUGAAGUAUAGUCUCUUGACCUUACUAAUAACUCAUUCAGCAAGCUUUGUAAGCUAGAAUUUUUACAGGAUACUGGUUUGUAGAUCAGAGCACGUGGACAGCAAAAAUUGUCUUCUAGAUGCAAUUGGAAGGAGGCAGAAGGGAGCAUGUCAGAAUUUCUAAUUUGCCCUUUUUCCUCGCCUCCUUUUGAGGGCAACUUCUUAGGUUUGGUUUGGUUUUUUUCUUGCUUGUUACUUUCUCUAAUCUCUUUAUUACAGACUUUUGUGCAUUUAUCUUGGUAUGUUUUCCUGAGGCAGGCUCAGUAUAGGAUCGAUGGAUGGCUACGCAGUAUGGGAUGUUAGCUUCACGAGUAAAGAGCCUGGAAUUCCAGUUGCAGAUGUGGAAUUCUGCCUUGCAGGUGGAACGCUGGGCACGGAGUUCUGCGUGCCCCACCAGGGUUCAACAGAUGUCUCUCUGAAUGGCUAGCAAAUUGGAGACGUGGCUGGGUUUUCUGUAUACUGACCUAUUUUUGUGUUCUGGAGUAGGGUAUUGGAUGCUGUAUAUUAGAAAUCAGGGUUUAUAUCUACUGGGAACUCACUGUUUACAGCUGAUGUAGUAGCAACUGACUUUUUUUAACUGUUUAAAGUGGAACUAAAGGUAAAGAGUUAAAACCCCUCAAGUUCAGAGAAGCUACUUGAAAGGUAGCAUCUUGCCUAGCUGUAUGCUGACUAAAUUUGCAACACUAUUGUGUAGUAAGUGGUUAAGUUUAGAGGUGAUUACCGUAAUGAUGAAAUAGGAAAAUUCAGUGCAUUAAUCUGCCAAAAUCAGCAUGCCAGGGUUCAAGGUUCUGUGUAAAGUGUUAGGGAAAAGUAGCUUCCAGCAGUAAGAAUCACACCUUGGUUUUUUGUUUUGUUUAUUUUUUUUUUUUUAGUGAAUAGCAAGUGUACAAAUUUAAAGUCGUAAGUUGUGAACACUGGAAAACUCAAUUGUGAUAUAUACCGUAAACAUCUUAGUAAUAUAUGCUAGUGUUGCCAUUAGAAUGAAUGUAAGUGGCAGUUAAAAUAACUGUGAAAACUUUCAUCUUCUGAUUUCUUAGCCAGAUAACCCUUGGCGACUUCUUACUCGGUAGGCAUUCUCUAUCAACUGCUCUGAGAACACUCAUAUCUAUUUUUAUAAAUAUAUAUAUAAAGCCAGAGUUGUCAUUUCUCUAACUUAUUAUUCAGCUUGGCAAUUGCUUUGAUUUGAUUCAUAACACAAUAUAAUGUAUUUAUGCAGUUAACUGUUCAUUUCUACGCAUGUUAUAUAUAUACAUAUAUAUAUAUCUCUAAAAAAAAAAACAAA